UGACUCUGGAAAAUUCUCUCCAACUAGCGAGAGAGGACCGGAAGCGGAAGUACAACCUCGCCGGAAGUUGUUCUGUGGAGACAAGAGCGGAGAGUGAAAACAGGUGCUGCCAUGGAGUUGGAGAUGUCAGACCGUUAUGACAAUGCUUUGCUGGGUAUCCUGCAGCAUGUGGGAAACAUCCAGGAAUUUUUAAAUGUUUACUUUGGGUUCUUGUACCGCAAGACAGACUUUUACCGAGUGUUACUGAGCCCUCAAGAGCGGAUGGGAUUCCCCCCGGGUGUUGCCCAGAGCAUGGUGCUGCAGACAUUCAAAAACCACGAGCGACUGGCCAUGAAGGACCAUGAGCAGAGGGUGCGAGACUUGGAGGAGAAAAUGAAGAAGCAGGAGGAGAAGUUGGUUGAGAGUGGCGAGGCACCUAUGGCAACAGAAGAAGUUAUCUUGGAGACACCAGCAGAUGAGCCACCUGGGGAGCAGAAGACAUCAGAGAAUCAGCCAGAAAAUUCCGAUGCACCAGAAAAAGCUGCAGAGGCAAAGGCCAGCACCAGCAAUAUGGACAGCUCAGCUUCUGCAUCCAGGAGCCAAGAUGAUUUCCAGAUGGACCCGGACAGUUACAAUGGUGCAGUGAGGAAAAACUACAUAUGGUCCCAGGAUUACAGUGACAUAGAAAUUAAAGUGCCAGUUCCCAAGGAUGUGGUGAAAGGCAAACAGGUGUCGGUGGACCUGCGCAAUACAUCUAUCCGUGUGGCAGUGAGGGACAGCCAAGGGGAACGUGUUUUGAUGGAUGGAAACCUGACUCACAAAAUAAAUGCAGAGACAUCUUUAUGGAGCCUGGAGCCUGGCAAAUGUAUUUCGAUCAGCUUGAGCAAGUGUGGCGAGUAUUGGUGGAAUGCAGUCUUGGAAGGGGAAGAAAAAAUAGAUAUAGACAAAAUCAACAAAGAGCGUGGUAUGGCAACAGUGGAUGAGGAGGAGCAUGCCGUAUUGGACCGACUUACUUUUGAUUACCAUCGAAAACUGCAGGGGAAACCACAGAGUCAUGAAAUGAAAGUCCAUGAUAUGCUGAAGAAAGGAUGGGAUGCAGAGGGAUCGCCAUUCAGGGGGCAGGCGUUUGACCCUUCCUUGUUUAAUAUUUCCCCAGGUGCUGUGCAAUUUUGAGAAGGGUAUACACAGGACUAUUUAUUUUUCUGUCCCUGCAGGAGUUGACGUUUACACGGCUCCAUCUAAAAGACCAAAGCUGCAAACUGUUACAUUAACCACCUGUGUAUAACAAUGUAUUUCAAUGGCGAUUGAAAACUGGUUUGUAAACAUGUUCAACUUGGACUUGUUAGGGACUGGAUUUUUAUACGUAUUUUGUGAAAUGCAGAAAUUGCUUCUUUUCAUCAUUCUGCUGGGUUUAUAGGGAAGUCUCUGCAAUUUAUCACUGGCCCAUGCAUCACAAAUAUUCAAAUGUCUGCAGCUGGUUUUGUUUACACAUGUUUUCCAAUUUAAAAGGGAAUUCCCAUUGUAUUAUGAAUGCUCCUGGUCAUUACAUGGAUGUCCUAUCCUUUUAAUAAUGCUCUAGUUUGAAUUAAUGUGCACUGUCGAAAGCCGGUGACCUUUUGGUACUGCACCAUACACAAAGGUGCUGAUGGCUCCACAGGAAAAAAAAAACAGCUAAAUGGGGAAGCUGAGGACCCUUUGUGUGUCUCUGUAGACAAAAAUAUCAAUUUAAAUUGCAAAUGUUCUUUUAACUAUGCAUUGGGCUUUUUAGGCCAGAAGCUUUAGUAAUUAUGUACCUCUAAAAAGAAGAGCCAUUUUGUGUUAAGAGAUAAUCAAGAUUGAUACAUGUAUGUGAAAUUUAUUCCCUAUUGUGGCAUUGUUUUUUCUUUGGAAAAGCAUGCUAUUCUAAAUGACCUGUUGGCACCCGAAGGUAGAGCUAGCAUAUAACCCAUGGUCUAAAAAUACAAGUCCUGUCCUCUACUGUAUUUAAGAACUAAUGGAUGAGAUUUUAUUGGGGGUGGUUACAUUUUACUGGCAUACAAUUUGUGCACCUAUUGCAUCCACCUUUUUAUUUUUUGUGAAAUGGGGGUUAUAAAAAAGAGUUGUGUUUGUCAUAAUCAGUUGCCUGCCAUUAUUAAACUAUUGGUCUCGGCGUUACCCCCUCAAUCACUACCUCUGGUGUGUAAUCUCAUACUUCACGUUUUGGGUUUCUGAUGUCUCUUUUUAUGGGCAUAACACUGGAUCAAUAUUUAUGAACUUGGUGUAACAGCUUACAAAACUGUAUGUAAUCUAAAAGUGUGUGCAGCAUUGUCUACAUUUUUGUUUGUUUUUACAUAAAACAAGUUGUUCAUCCCCUUCAGGUUCAUUUUGGUGCAUCAUCUCCAUGCCAAUAUCUGUACAGUAUACUGGUGCAUCUAUGAUUACGGUUUGACUUUUUUCUCAGUGUAGAAAAUAAAAAAAGCAGAACUACUUUCUUGCUGCCACUGUUUAGGGAAA